CCUCACUUUCUUUAACUUCACUUCAUUAAGCUUCCACUAUUAUUGUCUUCUCUCCUAGUCCUCCACUACUUUACUGUCUCCACAGUUAGCAUCACAACAAUCUCUUGCAUCCACCAUAAUGCCUUCCAAACAUUUCCUCAUCACUUUGUUCUUCUUCCUUCUCAUAUCUUGCAACACACUCUCUGCUUCAACUUCAUCAGAAAAACAAGACACAGUUGAUUUUGUUCGUCCAAUAGAUCGCAAGUUGUUAGGCCUAAACAAGAAGGAAAAGCUAAGUCAUUUCAAAUUUUAUUGGCAUGACAUAGUGAGUGGAAAAAACCCUACUUCUAUCGUAGUUAUUCCACCAUCAUUAAACUCCAACACUGCCUUUGGUUCAGUCCGCAUGAUCGACAACCCUUUAACUUUAGGACCACAGUUGAAUUCUAAGAUUGUUGGAAAAGCUCAAGGGUUCUAUGCAUCUGCAUGCAAAGAUGAAGUUGAUUUGCUUAUGGCUAUGAAUUUUGCUUUUACUGAAGGAAAGUAUAAUGGAAGUACACUUACUAUAUUGGGAAGGAAUGCUGUUUUUCAUAAAGUUAGAGAGAUGCCUGUGAUUGGUGGUAGUGGAGUUUUCAGAUUUGCUAGAGGUUAUGCUGAAGCUAAUACUCAUUCGAUUGAUUUCAAAUCUGAGGAUGCUUGUGUUGAGUACAAUGUUCAUGUUUUUCACUAUUAAUUGUUAACUAUUGUUGUUGUUUUCUGUUCAAAAAAUAAGUUUGUUGUUGUUCAAGUUAUGUUUAUGUUUAUUUUAGUAGUCGAUUCUACUAUAUGCACAUGUGAAAUAAAUCAUGCAUCAUAUGAAAUCAAAUGAAUUAUGAUGUAAUUUAUUAGUUUAA